AGGAAGAAUGAUGACCGCCGCCGCCAUUUUCCUUGUUGUAGGCGCCUCAAAUGUCAUAAUAAUUUCAGAAAAUUAAUUUUAUUUCAUUUUUUAUGUUAUUUUCCAUGGUUAAUUAGCGUCUUCAACUAUAUUUUAGUGUUGUUGCGUUUUCCUUGAGCUGCGCGCCUUCUCGGAGUUCACCGUCAAAGUAUUCUAUAACAUCGUAAUUUCAAGGAUCCGCGAUCUUGGUGUUCUACAAUGAAAUGUUGGGAUCCUCUUCAUAAAAGGUAGCGAGCGUGAGUUACGCCCACGGAGGGACUUGUUGGGUGUAGUGCGGCCUAAACGGUGUGGUUUUCUUUGUUAGGAAUGGGUAGUGAAGUGUAGUGGAGUGCGGUGAAUGGACAAUGAGCGACUCGCCAGGAGUGGAAUGGCUGCCGGCGUACAGCCCGGGCCCGCCGCGGCACAGCCCGCUAGGACCCAUUCCGCGCUUCCUGUUCGAGGGCGUGCAGCCGCUGGGGCUGCAGGAGAACAACAACAAGGAGGCAGACCAGAAGGAGAACGCGAACAAGAUCAAACACGCCAAACCCGCCUACAGUUAUGCCAGCAUGAUCCGCCUUGCAAUCAGCAGCUCGCCCAACGGCAAGAUGACCCUCAACGAGAUCUACACAUACAUCUGCAAUGCCUUCCCUUACUACAGGGAAGCUGGCAAAGGAUGGAUGAACUCAAUCAGGCACAACCUGUCAUUGAAUAAAUGCUUCAUGAAAGUGGCUCGCAGCAAAGACGAUCCAGGCAAAGGAUCAUAUUGGGCUAUGGAUAGUAGUUACAAGUUAUCCGAAGUAACUCCGCGGCGGCGGAGGUCGCUACGGAUGGCGCCGUACAGCCCGGAGUGCAGCAGCAACAGCAGCGGCGAGGCGGGCGGGGCGGGGACGCUGGUCCCCGACGCGGCGCCCACGCCCCCCGCCACGCCCACCGACCCGGUGCCCGACCACAAGCCGGCCGCCGCCGCCGCGCCGGACCCGCGGAACACAGAAUCGAGUCAUACAGACGAUGCAUUAACAGCACUUAUGAAUGAAGAGCUAAUAUCAGACGUGGACAUUAGUGAAGAGCGGUCGUGGUGCUCCGGCGGGCGGCGGCACGUGUGCGCCACGCAGCUCACCUCCCUCACGGACGACUACGGCAACUUCGUCGUGUCGCACCACUGCGACUGCCCGCCCGACGACCCCCUGCCCGCCACCCCGCACACCCCGCACACGCCGCAGACCCCCCACACGCCGCACAGCCCGCUCUACUGGCCCAGUGACUUAUAACACUCCGUGUGCUGAACCUGGAACUGCUCAGGUGGGACACGAUCGUUUAUUAUGACGUAGGGCGAUGCUCUUUGAACACUCGGCGCUAUCACAUUAUCGGACGUGAGUUCGUCUUGCGAAAAUAACAAAUACUAAAUCUACAGUUCGAUUGGCUAAUGAACUGGACAAUCAUCCAGUUUCUGUACCGAUAUUACACUAAAAUGAUCAGUUGGGAAAAGUGAAAGAGAUGUACAAGUCUACAUUUAUAAGAUAGGAUAGCGCCCUGUUCGGAACAGUAGUUGCAUGUAUGUAACUAAAAUACUUGUAAAAAUGCAAGUGUUGCCAACUGAUUACAAUACUAAUUAUGCGAUGUUUUUAUAUCGACCGUAAUGAUAACUAACAGACAGUGAAUAAUUAGUAAUAUACACUGUAUUUUUACUGUUGUAAUUCUCAAUGUGUUUUUACCACAGGAGAUAAGAAAGUAAGUUGGCCUCAAAUAUUCGUUUUAGCCACCUAUUUAAUAUUAUCUUACUUUUUACUUAACUAUUAUUAAUCUACUUAAAUGAAAAGUCAUUUUCUAACUAAGUAUUAUUUAUACUAAAAUAUAUAUAUGAUGUUUUUCUGUUUUACUGACAUUCUCGAGGGGUUA